GGUGGUUCCUGAAUCUCCACGUUGGCUCCUGACACGGAAAAAGGGAGAGAAGGCAUUAAAAAUUAUGCACAACAUUGCAAAACACAAUGGGAAGUAUCUCUCACCACAUUACUCAGAGAUCACUAUUAGCAAUGACGAGGUCAGAAACCCCUCUUUUCUUGACCUUGUGAGGACUCCCCAGAUGAGGAGGAACACGCUCAUCUUCAUGUAUGCCUGGUUCGCAAGUGCCCUGAUCUACCAAGGGCUUGUCAUGCGCCUAGGAAUUGUUGGAGGAAACCUCUACCUAGACUUCUUCAUCUCAGGAGCUGUGGAGCUGCCUGCCGCUCUCCUGAUUUUAUUGACAAUUGAUCGCAUUGGCCGGCGCCUUCCUUUUGCAAUAAGCAACAUCGUGGCGGGAAUUGCAUGCCUCAUUAGUGCCUUCUUGCCAGAAGAUAUCCCAUGGCUCAAAAUGACAGUUGCCACGCUGGGAAGACUGAGCAUCACAAUAUCUUUUGAAAUUGUCUAUCUUGUGAACAGUGAAUUGUACCCAACAACACUGAGAAACUUUGGUGUUUCCCUGUGCUCAAGUUUGUGUGACCUGGGUGGGACCAUAGCCCCAUUCCUGGUUUUCCGAUUAGCAGCCGUUUGGUUGGAGCUACCUCUAAUUAUUUUCAGUAUUCUCGCAGUUGUCUGUGGGCUCCUAGUAAUGCUUUUACCAGAGACAAAAGGAAUCUCUUUACCGGAGACAGUGGAUGAUGUGGAGCAGCUUUCAAGUCAUUUUGGUAAAUGUGGCAAGAAACGGAAACACCGGGAUACCAACUCUUAUAUUUGA